CUCUUUGACAGAUAACAAUAAUAAUGUAACUAUUAUUAAGAAUUUGCAGUAUUUGCACGAAUUAAAAGUGUAAAAUAGAAGUUGGAGUUAAUAGAAUUUAUAAUUCAGUCGCUUAAAAGGUAUACGUACAAUGCCAACCGUUAUAUUACUAGACGUUUCUUUGUCAAUGACUAGACCGGUACAACUUAGUGAUGGGACCGAAUCGACAAGGAAACAAUUAGCUGAAAUAGGAAUUAAUGCUUUUUUAGAUCAUCUUAGCAUUCACUCAAAACUGGAAUUUAUUUCAUUGAUGGCAUUUUCAUCCUUGUAUGAGGAAAAAUGUCCUUUUACGAGAGAUUACAAUGCUAUAAAGGCAGAAUUAAAGAAUAUAGAUGAUUAUGAUAAAACUUGCAUUGAAACUGCUUUACAUGGUGUUAAUCAGAUGGUUUUAGGAGAAUGGGGAAACAAUACAGCGUGUCAGAUUGUGUUAGUAACUGAUGGAAGCACAGGCGUUGGCCCUAUGUCUCUUAAAGAAUCUCUAGCCACCUUAAAUCAGAGAACUUCGAAAAUUCCUUUUCCAGUGCCAUUUUCAUUCCCUGCAAAACUACACAUUGUUUGUAUAACCAACGCAACAGAUCCCAAUUUUAUCAAGUCGAAACCUCUUUACCAGAGACUGAUAGAUUUAAGCGGGUACGAUGGGUCCAUAUUAGUACCCGAUAAUUUGCAAAACGAACAAAACGUUACAAACUUAUUUCAGAAGCUUGCUGAGGACAUGUACACGUUAUUUAAAGGUACUCUUAAGUGCGGAAAUUUAGAAUCUAAAGUUGUUCUAUCUCCAGCUCCUGUGUCUUAUACUAAGGGAACAGACUUUGACUGUCAAACAUUCAACGUUUCCGAACUGAUAGAAGUGUGUGGCUUCAUCUCUGUAGGAGAUGUAGGUUCUCCGAUGGCUAUCAGCAGACAUUUAAUACUCCCUGCUAGUCCGCCUGCAAAACAAGAAGGUGUGGCGUUAAAAACUGACGUAGAUGUGACAGAGGAAGGUACCAAUGAAGAGGGUAAAGCUCCUUCUUUCUGUGUAUUGCUACACGGGGCGUUGAAAGUGAAAGAUAUGGCAGCGCUAGUGAACUUAGGGGACAACUGGUUCGGUUUUGUGUAUUCUUGGGCCGAUUCAAAGAAGAAAUCGAAUUUAAUGCUGACUAUUCUUACACCUGGAUCUGAUGCUGUUCCUUGGCUAGGCGACUUGAAUAAUUUAGGAUCUGCUGAAUCAUAUCCGGCUGAACAAGUUGCUAGUUUUCCAGUUCGACCAACGGAGAAGAGAAGUUAUUCUCAGAACGGAGUGGUUUGGAUUCGACAAGCAGGGCUCCAGUCGGAUAUACAGAAGAUAUUGAGGCAUGCAAGAAAAUUGCCAGAAAAAACACAACAGUUUUACAAGGAGCUGAAUAGAUUAAGAAAAGCUGCCAUAUCUUUGGGUUUUUUGGAUCUACUCAACGGACUGGCCUAUAUUUUCGAACAAGAAUGUAUGCAAUUACCAGGAAGCGCCCAUCCUGAUUGUGCCCUACAGUUGCAAAAUGCUGCGGAACAGUUACGGAAAACACAAAACAGAGAUAUAAAAUACGUUAUUAUGCCCUUACAAACUAAUUAUACAAGUUCGUAAUAUUAAAAAUGUUUUACUGAU